AUGGGCACGCCAUCACUGGAAAUGAAGGCAGCCAUGACAAAGCUUGCCAGCGCACAGCCGGCCAAGGUGCCUGCAGGUUUGCUACGGCGCCCCAACAAAGAUAAGACGCCCUGGCUCACCGAGAAUUUGCCAAACCGCUCCAUCCACAUCAUGCUCAAAGCUGGUGGUGAAGUUGGCGAGUUCAUCAUCAACGCCACGCCACCAGACAGCCCAAGCAAGCAGAAGACUACACCUGCCAACGCAGACAAGUUCAAGUACACGCUCUGGUUCAACGCCCCGGGCAUUGGAUCGGCCUACAAGCUGGCAGUCGCUUUUCAUGACGGCCAGCUGUGGCCGGGCAUCAUUCGACAGUUUGACCACGUGAACCAGGAGGUGCUGAUGACGUGGGUGGACUGUCACAGCGUCAAGACACGUCGCUUCUCAACAGACAGCGUGCUCUCACAGUGCCCCCGCCUCAAAUUUCACGUCACUGCCAUCCCCAUCAUCCACGAUGAGCGCGGGUACCGGCUCGACUCCAGCUCGGCACGCCACCUUCAUGGCGCGACACUCGAAGACCUCGUGUUCAAGCUGCAGCGCGAAGGAUUUGCUCGCCCAAUGUGGGAGCGCGACGGCGAACUAGUGCAUGUGACGCUUAAGAACACAUGUCGCUGCUGGCUUCCACCUGGCCCAAGGAUAGCCGACAACAACGCCCUGCGCGAGGCUGAUCUCAAACUGCCGCUGUCGUGCUCCCGCAGCCAAGCCGAGCACAUCUUCUCAGGCCACUGGUGCCAACCAGGAGAUUUUUUGUUUCGGUUUGCGGACAAGUCGUCGCCGCAGGAGCAGGACGCGCUGUUUGUCAUCUCGUCCAUGAGCGCCAUCCGCGUGAUGCACAAGCGCAUCCCCGUCAACGAUGCGGGAUACUUCUACUUUGAGGACCUGCCGGAACUCACGUUCUUCCUUUUGAGCGACCUGCUUGACUUUAUUAUCAUUCACGAGCGAAUCGACGGCAUUCCCCUCCGCCGCCUCGUCAACGUCGGCAACACAACCCCACUGCUUGGAGAGGAUACGUCGCUGCGCCGCAUCCCCAAGUACUCGCGGCCGGACGGCGUCUCGUCCCUCUGGCGCGGUCUUCGCCGCACGCGCACUGUCUCCUCUUUCCCGCCAGCCCGCACACGCAAGAACGGCCAGCGCAGCACCGCAGGCCUUGCGCCGUGGUCGUCGGACGAAGCCAUCAACACCAUGGGCCACAAACAGUUUAGGCACGGACUGUGGUCGCACAGCGGCGGCGGGUCUCAGGUGCACCACCACCACCACCAGCACCAGCACCAGCACCAACAGUCGAGCAUCGGCAUUGAAGCAUUUGACGAUGGCGACGCUGACGACGACGACGACGACGACGAUGACGAGGGCUUUGAUGCACAAGGUCGACGCGUGCGAAGGGAAGGGGCCAUGCGCAUGCUGGCCACCGCAGCCACGGGCAGCAGUGGCAUGGGCGGCGUUGAUGCGAGCAGCAGGGACCAGUACGACGAUGGCACCGACUCGGACACAACGGACGAGUUCAACGAGGAGCUGUCGCGACCGCCGGCACCGCCUGCGCUGUGGUUGGCGCCGCUUGGCUACUCGCACGCAAUGCUGGAGAACGAGGACAGCCAGGACAGCACGGCAGCGGAGCCGACAACCAGCGCGGGAGGCCGUCGCAUGUCUGUCAUGAUGGCGGAGAGCGACACGAGCGACGGCGACACAAGCGCAGGCUCGCAUCAGCCAACGCCAACCCUGCACCAGCAGCUGCUCAAGGCAGGCCCUGCUCGGCGCGGCUCGGCCUCGGAGAUGGACACGGACAUGUCGUCUGCGCGCUCCAUAUCGUCGACCUCGCCCUCAUCGGUGUCCAUUACAUCUGGCGACGCCUCCUCCCUCACGCCCCUGCAGCAGCGCCUGCGCCGCCAACAGCAGCAGCACCAGGAGAUGCAGCAGCAGGCGUAUGCGGCCUCGCUCGGCAACUUGCAGCCCAUCAACUACGAGAAGCUCUCGAGCCUGGACAUUCUGCACCUGCACGCCGAGCAGCAGCAGCUACCCGAGGAGCAGCAGAACCAGGACUUUAGGCGCUUCCACAAGCAGCUGCAACAGCAGCAGCAACAACUGCUACAGCACCAGCAGCAGGCUGCAUCGCGCCUGCCGUCAUCGUCCUUGCAGUGGCGGCCCUUUGCCGGGCACCGCCAGCAGCAACAGCAGCAGCAGCAGCCACAGCAGCAGCCGUUUAUGCUGCGGCCCGUGCCAUCGAGUCCUCGCGGGCGAACGGAGUUGCGGGGCGCAGAGAAUGGUCGUGUUGCCGGUCGGCCAACGGCAAGGGCAAAGCGCCGCCCGCGCUCACGCCAACAACAACAGCAGCAGCAGCCAGCGGCGGCGACGACUGCAGUGGAGAAGCAAGCAGGUGCCGCGCAGCAACGAGAGCAACGAGCCGAGGCAAAGGAGGAAGAAGGCGCGGUGGACACAGCGCUGCAGCGCGAGGAUGAACGCGAAGAGGAGGAUGAAGACGACGCCGGCAUUGGCAUCAGCCACGCCAACAGGGAGUCGCCAGAUGCUGUGCCUGGUGUGUCUGUUGCCGAGGACGAAGCCGCACGCCACUCCCCAUCAGCCUCACAGCAAGAAUCCCAGCAGCAGCAGCCUUCGUCGCACGUGAGCCGAUUUGCGUCUCAGGCCACCCGGGACGUACAUGUAUCACCUGAGCUGCAGGGAACGCACGACGCCAUGCGGGCAGCGCUGAGGGAAGGCGGGCAGAAGCGUGAUGCAAGCUCGUCCUCGCUGGCAGCUGCGCCGCCACCCAAUGCGCGCAGGUGGGCACAGGAGGGGGGCACGCGAGCACGCCUGUCGAACGCCGCCGUCGCCAUCGGGGACUCGUCAUGCCGGUCGCUGUCUGCCACGGGCCGCCUCUCUGGGCACCAGCAGCAGCCUUCGCCAACAUCCCCAACGCUCUCUGUAUCCACAUCGCUCUCGCCCCUGCGCACGCACAGCCCACAGGUCGCAGGGAAAUGGCCGGUGGACGAACAGGCGGCGCUGGUGGAUACCAUGUUCAGCGAAACCAUACCGCAGGAGCAGUCCAUGGGACACCCUGGCCUUGGCCUUCGCCCGUACGGCCAGCUGUUUUCGCGGCAGAGCACGCGCUUUCCCUCUGGUAUCCUCUCACAGCCGCAGCACCCACGCCGCCCGCCGCCGCCGCCAUGGAUCAUCCAACAACAGCAGCAGCAACAACAACAGCAGCAACAGCAGCAGGGCGUGCCUGCAAGCUCGUCUACUACCGCGAAUGGCAGCGACACUACUGGCGUCACGCGACGACGAGAACCGCUCACAUCGUCGUCGUCGUCAUCGCACUCAUUCCUCAAUGCCUUGGCGGCGUCCAGCAUCCAGGACGAGAUUGAUGACAUCUUUGGCUGA